AUAGCGCCCUCUGUACUUCCAGCACUUCCACCAAUGGCCUUCCGCGUCAUUAAGUGUGCAGCACUCUGCACCCCCGGCGCCGCACUGCUGCCAACCCUCACCAAACGGACCAUCAAAAUGUGUGAUACCAAGUUAAAUGGUAAAAUAAACGGGGUGGACGGGAAGGCCCCCUUCCUGAUUGGGGUCUCCGGGGGCACAGCCAGCGGCAAGAGCACCGUUUGCAAGCGAAUCAUGGAAAAACUGGGCCAAGUAGACGUCGACCACACUCAAAGACAAGUCGUGUGCAUUUCGCAGGACUGUUUUUACCGAGAUUUGACCCCCAGCGAAAUCCUCAAAGCCGAAAGGGGUUUGUUUAAUUUUGAUCAUCCAGACGCAUUUAACGAGAAGUUGAUGAAGGAGACUCUGAUGGACAUUCUAGCGGGGAAAAUCGUCCAUAUUCCGACGUAUGAUUACAAGAAUCAUUCUUUGCGUAGGGACGAAAUUCUGACGAUUUAUCCCGCAGACGUGGUGCUUUUUGAGGGUAUUUUAGUGUUUUAUUUCCCGGAGGUGCGAAAGUUGUUUCAUAUGAAGCUGUUCGUGGAUACUGAUUCGGACACGAGGUUGGCUAGACGAGUGCCCAGGGAUAUCAACGAGCGCGGACGCGACUUGGAGCAGGUUUUGAACCAGUAUAUGAAUUUCGUGAAGCCGGCUUUCGAGGAAUUCUGCUCACCUACCAAGAAGUUCGCUGACGUGAUUAUUCCUCGCGGCGCCGAUAACACCGUUGCCAUCGACCUGAUUGUGCAACAUAUCAGAGAGAUCCUGAAUAACCGUCAGAGGAAUUCGGAGGAGCGCACGAUCGAGGUGGUGCCGGCAGCUGUCACCCUCACCCCGACGCAUUCGCCAGCUAAAAGAGCCAAUUCCGGAGGGGACGGCCAGUUCAAACGGCCUCACUAAUUUAUCACGCAGUUGUUAGAGUACGUUGUUGAAUUCUUGCCUCCAAACACAAAUACAGCAGAAGUAUAUUUUUAUUAAUUACUUUACUAGUAUUAGGGUUGUAAAUGUGUAAAUAGGUGCUUCUAAAUCAAAAUAUGCCAAAGGAUAGGGUUAGUGCGGUGUUACAGUUUAGUAGCGGUUCUAUAUUGCACUAAACUCGGUUAGUUGGUUGACGUGCCAUUUUUUUAAUGUCAAUACUCAUUUAUUUGCAGGGUCUUUGUUGAGUACUUAAUUGUCUAUGUAACCAAAUUUCUACAAAUUUGUGUGAUAUUUAUACCAAAAUGUUUUAAUAUUUGAUUUAUUGUAUUUGAGUUGGCAAUAAAAAAUACAACUAAUGGUUUUA